UGGUCAGUGCCGCACUCCCGGUGAAUCUCCUCCUCGUGUUGAACGGGGGGAGGAGGGAGGAGUAACAGCAGCCGCAGCCUUGCUAGGAGCCUGCUCAGCAAGAAACCUCCCCAGGAAAGGUCGGCGGCAGCGGCUGGUGCUGCGCCUCCUUCCGCCUCACACACGAGGCACAUCCACGCACAGGGCAGACGGGCGGAAUACGGCUGCCGCAGUGGCUCUUUCCCCACACGCAGGCAGAGGCAAGAGGCGCUGCAGCAGCCCUUGAAGGGUGUCAAGAGAGGCGCCCGGGCGGGUUUACUAAGCCUCCACAGAGGAGCCUUUUCACAGGGAGGCAACCUCAGACUCUUUCCCGCCUCCUUUGUUGGUUUCCUCGCCCGCUUCGGACAAUCCCGGCUCUCUGUUUCUUGAAAGAAAAGAGGACCGUUAUGGAGCUCAGUGCAGGUGGUGUGAUUGCUUACAUCAGCUCUUCAAGUUCAGCAUCUAGCCCUGCCUCAUGUCACAGUGAGGGAUCAGAGAGCAGCUUCCAGUCCUCUUCACCUAUACCACCUUCACCGAACAGCUCGUCUUCAGAGGGCAGCUGUAGCAGCAAGAGCAGAGAAGACUCUGAUGGAGUAUCAAAGAAUGACCAGUCAGAUGAUCAUGUUAAAGCUAGCCAACCUAGUGUAACUGGAUUGACAAAAGGUCAUGGUGGACUUACAAAAUUUAAUGGCAUGGUCCUGCUGUGUAAAGUCUGUGGAGAUGUUGCUUCAGGAUUCCACUAUGGGGUCCAUGCCUGUGAGGGGUGCAAGGGCUUUUUCAGAAGAAGCAUUCAGCAAAAUAUCCAAUAUAAGAAGUGCCUGAAAAAUAACAAUUGUUCUGUAAUGAGAAUGAAUAGAAACAGGUGCCAGCAGUGCCGCUUCAAAAAAUGUUUGUCGGUUGGGAUGUCAAGAGAUGCUGUUCGAUUUGGCCGGAUUCCUAAACGUGAGAAGCAGAGGAUGCUGAUUGAAAUGCAAAGUGCCAUGAAAACUAUGAUGAACACUCAAUUCAGUGAUCAUUUGCCCAGCGAAGCAUUAAAAGAUAGCCAAGGAUCUUUGCUCCUAAUGCCUCAAGAAGAGCUGAACUCCAAAUUGCAGCAAGAGCAGAAAAAUACCGAUGGCCUUUCUUCCCCGCCCCCCUCUCUUCCCCUUCUCCCUCCCCCCUCUGACAUUGCUAAGGAAGAAGUGAUUGGCAUGGUGACCAGGGCCCACAAAGAUACCUUUAUGUACAACCAAGAACAACCAGAAAAUCCUCCCACUGUUGUGCAGCCCCAGAAUGGGGAUAGAAAUCUAAAGUACACUGAGCAAUAUAAUGCUGACGGUGAAGCUGAUAAUGGUGUCAUAAACUGUGCCCAUCAUGGUGGGAAUGAACAACAUUUCAUUGGACAACACAAAGGACAAAACAGUGUGCAUUAUCCAAAUGGGCAUAAUCUUGGCUUUACAAACAGCCAUUCCAUGAACUUUACUAAUGGCUUCAUCCUAAAAGGAUGCAAUAGAAUGCCUGAAAAUGGCUUUCCUCCAAAUGAGUCUAUGAAUGCCUUCUCCUGCAGCACUGGAGGCAGAAUGCAUCUGGUUUGCCCAAUGAACAAGACUCCUUUUGUGGACCCAAAUAAGUCUGGUCAUGAAGUUUGGGAAGAAUUUUCUAUGAGCUUUACACCUGCAGUGAAGGAAGUGGUGGAGUUUGCCAAACGUGUUCCAGGGUUCAGAGACCUUUCCCAGCAUGACCAAGUAAAUCUUCUAAAGGCUGGAACCUUUGAGGUUUUAAUGGUACGGUUUGCAUCUUUAUUUGAUGCAAAGGAUCGUACUGUCACCUUUCUUAGUGGAAAGAAAUUCAGUUUGGAUGAUCUACGUUCAAUGGGAGCUGGUGAUCUGCUCAACUCCAUGUUUGAGUUUAGUGAGAAGCUAAAUGCCCUGAACCUUAGUGAUGAAGAAAUGAGCUUGUUUACAGCAGUAGUCCUUGUGUCUGCUGAACGAUCGGGAAUAGAAAACGUCAACUCUGUGGAAGCGUUGCAGGAAACACUAAUCCGUGCGCUUAGGACCUUAAUCACAAAAACCCAUCCAAAUGAAGCCUCUGUAUUUACAAAAUUACUUUUGAAACUGCCUGACUUGCGUUCUUUAAACAACAUGCACUCUGAGGAACUUCUAGCCUUUAAAGUUCACCCAUAGGCUUUUACCUCUUUUAUUUAUAUAAAGGACUUGCUUCAUGUUAAUUAACUAUGUGUGUUUCAUGCUAAAAUGUUUAUUUAUGUUGGUAUGUAACUUUUUGUGGAGAAGAACUUGAUGUGUGAUGGGUAGAUGUUCUGUUAUGCCGUAAUGCUUCAGGUUGAACAUUUUUCCACUAGUGACAACACGACCACAUAUUUCUUCAUGAUUAUCCAAAAGAUCCCCAUUUGCACUAAAAUUGAGAUUGCAUUAAAUCUUAUGAAUGACUGUUACAUACUGCCCCCCACAGGAAAAAAAUAACAUUAACUUGCUUUGCUCUAAACAAGAGUGCACAGUGGCUGUAUUGGAAAAACAAAACUUUGGGUAAAUGACACUACAGUGACGGAAGAGAGAUUUAAUUUGUCUGUCCCCCUUUAUCUGCUUGGGUAGGGAGCUCUAAAAAUCUGCUCAUGGUUUCACUUUCCUUAAACUAGGAAAUUCCAUGGGAUGUCUCAAUUCAGUAGCUCCUACCACAAGCGCACAUGGCUGUGUAUGUAUAAUAUGAAGAAAUGUUGGAUGUGUUAUGACUUCAUAAAAAAGUUGUGUGUACAUAUUUAUGCUUAUGUAUAUAAAUAGUUCUAAUUAAACAACAUGAAUAUAAUUUCUUCACAAUAUUUUCAACUGUGAAGAACCAGACAAAAGAAGGUGACCCAUAGGACCAAAGAAAUUGAAGCAUUUGGUUAAGUACUGUUGAGCUUAAAUGUCUCGAGAGUUCAUAAUGUUUAGAGAAUGAUAACAAUAACAUACUGAAUUUGUUAAUUUAUGAAGUAUUACACCAUCAAAAGUGAAAUGGCAAAUCAAGUGGUUAAAAGUACUAGAUUGGGCUGACUCUUUAAUCUAUUGCUUCUAAGAUUCUUAUGCGCUAAUAGGCACUUAAAGCUGCUGGACACUCUUUAGUCUGAAAAGGAUUUUUUUCAAAUGAAGGUUAAUCUGUGUAGUACUGGAGUAUAAUGAGAAAUUUCAAGGAAGCUAUAUUAAGCAAAUACCUUCAUUGCAUACGUUUCUGUGAAUCCAUGCACUUUACAAUACACCUAUAUGCUGCUCAAAUGCUACAUGAAAACAAAAAUGAGACACAGUCAAUGGUUCAUAAUUUGUAUUUGUUUUCUCUAGUCUGUUUUGUUCAAAUUAGAACUUCAAAGGGUUUUAAAAACCUUUUUUGUGUACAUAACAAAGGCCUGCUAGAUUGUCUGUCUGAUACCAGGACUAUUUUUCUAUCAAUUUACUUUUUUAAAAUGCCAGUGAUAAAUCUUCAAGCACAAUGAUUUGCUUCACAUCCUGAUACUAUCUUAAAAUAAUAUUUUCCUUUAAUGUCAAGAGGUGAAAACACAAUAGCACUUGAAGUAAGCCAGAAUAUUAUAACUGACCUUAUGGUUUCCAUAGUAUGGAAGGAAAAAAUCUCUGUCUGCUUUCUCCUUAAGAGUAAUAUCAAAUCCGGGUUAAAACCUUAAUAUUUUUUGUGUCUCUUGAUUUGAAUUGUUUAUUGUUAAAGGUGCAAUCUUGCAUCUCCCAUUACGCUUAGGUGAAGAAUUACAACUUUAUGGGUUUGGAAAUGCUGAGUAUUAUUUCUGUUGCAAAAUGGUGGAGGUAGAUUUGGUGCCCUGUUACAGCAUAAAACUUGGAGCAUUUUGUAUUAAUUGCUUUUUUUAAUUUUAAGAGAUUCUGUUGCAACAGCUCAACUCAAAGGGGAAGCAUUCAUCUAUUUGACCUCUGCACCUAGAACUGAGACCACUAGAAACAAUCUCUUUGUGUUUUAGAUGAACAACCACUUGGUGAUGUCAUCUUGAGACCUCUCCUACAGUAAGCAGCUUAUACUUUCAAAACAAAUUGUUACCUGGGUAGAAUACAGGUAUUUCAGUUACAUUUUUAUUAUUCAAGGACAAGUAAGCCAUUUUGCAUACACUUAAUAAGAAUCAAGAAGAAAGUUGUCCUGAUGUUUAGGCUUCUUAUAGAAGCCUCCUCCUCCGUAUAUACAAGGUCUUAACUUCUAUUUUUAAGCCUUUAGAAAAGUAUAACCAGCAGUAUGUGAAGUAUUGUUUAUUUUUAAAAAAUAAAAGCUUAAAAAUAAAAAAUAGAUUCCCUAUAUGUGCAUAUAAUUAGAAAACUGUAUUGUAAAAUACAUUAAUGCAAUUUCAUGUCAGAUGUUUUCCUGUACACUGCAGAACUUGAUUUUAUUGUUUUUUACACAUUCCAGAUCCAAGAACCUUAAUUUUUAUUAAAUCUCUCCACCUCCAUCUCCCCCUUCCUCCGUGUUGCAGUCUCUAAAGCAGUCUUCACCAAACUAGUGCCCUUCAGAUGUUUUUGGAUUACAGCUCCCAUCAGUCCCAGACACUAUAUGCUGGUGGAAGUUGUAGUCCAAAAUAUGUGGAAGGCACCAGGUUGGUGAAAGCUGUUAUAAGGUCUAGUAUUCAGGUUAUGCUGGCAGCAUUAGAGUCAUUAUAGUGGCACUCCUCACGCUGACAGGGUAGGAAGAAGAGUCACACAGCAGCAUUGUCCCAUGGUAGCACCAACCUUCAGGUAACUGGGUAGUGUUUGUGUAUGUAAAGCCUAUGUGGGCUCCACAUAGGCUUCAGAUAUUACUGGGCAGUGCAGGAAUGGGAGACACUGCUGCCAGAGUAACGUUAGGGUUGGGCCUCUGUGAAUUAUAUCUAAAGCCAUUUGUUGUGAGGUCUGCUUUCCUGUGCCACUGGUUAUACACUUGUUAAAUGCUAAGAAAUACUUCACAUCAGACGUUUGAGUACUGUAGAUGAGACAUUGCUGAGAGACUAUGAAAAUGUACUGUAUUAAAAAAAAUGAAUUUUUACUCUGUUUUUUCAUGUUAAGAAAAGAUUAAAUAUGGGCAUUAUGUUGGCAAAGCA